UCAUAAGAAAAAGCUCGCCUUUGCUUGUUGCCCCCGAAAUCUCCCAAAAUCCCAAGCGCCAUGGCGACCUACGGCGCGGUGCUCCGGCGCUCCGCGGCCGUCGUCGAGCGCGCCCGUGCCCACGCCAGAUCCACCCGCAAGGCCCUCGCCCGUUUCGCCCGCCCCCAGUCCUUCGCCGCGCCGCCCGACGCCGAGGCCGCUGCCGUUCGCGCCGUCCGCAACCUCGCCACCUUCCGCCUCUACUACACCCUCCUCCUCUGGGUCCUUCUCCUGGCGUCCCUCUUCCCCCGGCGGCGCGCCGCCAUGCUCUUCCUCAUGGCCGCCUCCAAGGUCGCCCUCUUCUACGGCGCCCUCCUCAAGGCCUUCCCCACCUCCGCCCUCCUCCGCAGGGUCAUCGACCGCAGGCUCGUGGUGGCCCUCGCGCUCGCCGUCAUCCUCAUCGAGCUCGCUCUGACCCGGUCCCUGCCGCAGCUGCUACUCGCCGUGGGUAUCGGGUUGCCCAUCAUUCUGCUCCACGCGGUUUUCCGGGUGAGGGACGAUCUGCUCGAGGACGGAGACGAGAAGGCAGCGACGGUAGGCGGCGCAGGCGAAUUGGCUUCCGUCUUGGAGAAAAAGGAGGAUCUUGAAUUGGGAUCGCAAUAGUUAGCAGAGUCAUAUACUUUUCUUUCAUCAAAGCGGAGCCAUUGUUGCUUCUUCUCGUCAAGAAAAAUCACACCUUUACAAUGUAAAGCAUCCAGAUGUAAACAAUGCUUGUUGAUGUGGAUGGCUCACUGUUUCAUGGCAAUGUUCUCUUCCGGAAACCGAGUUGCAGAGACAGUUUCAACAUGUCAUGCUUCUGAACAUUCAGGAACUCGAAAAUUUGGGAUGAAGAAGAGGAUCAGAUGGUGGUGGCUUGAUAACAUAGUUGCUCGCUUUUUUACUUCAGAAUCCAACAGUGUCUAGUGAUGCAAUGGACAAGCUUGUAAGGGUUGAAGAACAACCAGAAUCUAGCAGAGAUGGCAAAGUUUGCAUUGUAUAUGGUGGUAUGGAGCAGUGGAUGUGUCAUGUACAUGAACAUGAGCUCAAAGAAAACAGAUAAAACACUGCAGUCUGGUUCUUGUUCUUCAUCAGCUUCUGACUCUCUCAACUUCCCUUCUUAUCUGAGGAUCCUCUUCUCUUAUUUGUAUCUUUUUAUCCAAAAAUGAAAGGUGUAGAAAUGACCCCUCACAUCGAGGUUCAGUAAAAAGAAUGAAUUGAGGGGUCAUUCCUCUCUCGAUUCAUGAGAA